AUGAGCGCCACCUCCAGCCCGAUCCAGCCCAACUCCAGCCCGACUCCAAGCCCGACCCCAGCCCAACUUCAGCCCGACCGCAGCCCGACCCCUGACCGACCCAGCCCAACUUCAGCCCGACCCCAGCCCAACCACCAACUCGACCCCAUCCCAACUCCAGUCCAACUCCAGUCCGACCUCAGCCCCGACUUCAGCCCAACUCGAGCCCGACCCCAGACCCACUCCAGCCUGACCCCAGCCCGACCCCAGCCCAACCCCAACCCACUCCAGCCCGAACCCAACCCAACUCCAGCCGACCAGCCAACCCAACCAGCCCGACCCCAGCCCAACUCCAAGCCCGACCCCAGCCCGACUCCCUCUCGUCCGGUGCCAUCAUUUCGAGCGUGCGGGUGCCCACAAAGCUCUCACAGAUCCCAAAAUCCCCCUUCUCUAAAAACGAGAUUUAUAAUAUACUCAUGA